GGAAGAGGGGGGCUCCUCACCUCACAGCGGAGACCCUGGACUACACCGACUACGGAGACUUGUGGUGUCCCAGGGGAAGGAGACAGCAUGGACGGCAGCUGCGCGCCAGAUAUAUUCAAAGCCGUCAAGGAAUGCGACUUAAAGAAGUGCCAGCAAAUAAUUGAUGAAGAAGGCCCUUUAAUUCUGGGAAAUUAUGAUGAAAAGGGACACACGCCGGUUCACUGGGCAGCCCUGGCGGGAUCUAUAGAGCUGAUGGGGCUCCUUGUGGACUGUAAAGGACCUGUGAAUCUGCCAAGCCAGUCCGAGGCAGGACAGCACCCUAUUCAUUGGGCUGCAGUCAGUGGCUUCAUCCCUGUGGUUGACCUGCUUUUGAAAGCAGGAGUUUCCAUAGAUGUAGAAGAUCAGAAAGGAUGUACGCCAUUAAUCACCGCAGCACAGUAUGGGCACACAGCCCUGUGUUGUUAUCUCAUUGGAAAAGGUGCCAAGGUACAUCUGAGUGACUUGGAAGGAGACACAGCAUUGCACUGGGCAGCCAUCAAAGGUCACUGUGAAUUAUCACACCUGCUUAUAUACUCAGGUUCCAACCCAAGGCAUACAGACAAUUUUGGCCAGACCCCACUACAUUUAGCAGUAUUAAGUGGAAAUCUCCCUACUGUUCAGCUCUUAUGUGAACAAGAUGGAGUUGACCUGGAAAGUGAAGAUAGCAAUAGAAACACCCCAUUACGCCUAGCCAAGGGACCGAAAUCAAAGGAAAUUGUUUCUUUUAUACAAGGCUCUAUUAUGAAGUCAAAAAAUCUACAUAGAAAGUUUAACUGGAGUUUGUGGCUUCUUGGUCAUCCAGGCAAAACGAAAAUCCCUAUACUAUUUUUUUAUGGCAAUCUAUUCAUUUGGGGCUACCCGACAUACUUUCUUAAGAUUCUGCCCAUCUUACACAGUGCUUUCUGGCAAUGGCAUAUGAUGUUCUUGCUCAGCAAUGUAUUGAUGUGGAUCUUUUUCUUAAAAGCAUCCUUGAUGGAUCCUGGCUUCCUUCCUCAGAACACUGAAGAGUAUCACUAUGCUGUCAGGCAGGCUAUCAAUUUUAAUGACUGGAAGAAUGGUAAAAACCCUCUUAAUAGACUUUGCCAUACCUGUCAUCUCGUCAAGCCUCUGCGUUCAAAGCAUUGUCGAAUGACAAACCGCUGCGUGGCUUAUUUCGAUCACUACUGUCCUUACGUCUACAAUGAUGUCGGUCAGCGUAAUAGAGCGUACUUUGUCGGAUUCCUAUUGACCAUGUGCAUCAGCUGCCUCAUUGGCGUCUACAUGUGUUGGAGUUGGUUUCAGGUCGAAGGUCGGAGUCUGUUAAUUGGAUUCGGUUGCCUGUUCCUUACAGUCAUUGCUUUUAUUUCGGCUAUGAUGACUGGAAUGUGUCUAUACAUGGCAGCCGUUAACAUAACAACAAACGAGAGAAUGAAUGCAAAGAAGUACGGCUAUCUGAUGGAGGAGAAAGGAGUGUUUUACAACCCAUUUGACAGAGGACUGUUUCUGAACCUCCUUGAGUUUAUCCAUUUAAUUCCACCUCUUUCUGAAGAUAAAAUUAGUAAAAAGCAAAUCAAUGAAAUUUAACCAUACUUCUGCUAAGGUCUUCUAAUAUGCACA